AUGGCCACUCACGUUUUGACCACUACCAACCAAAUUUCGGUUUAUGGUCAACCCUCUCCAACCAACUCCGCCACCAAUACUCCCUCCAAUAACUCCCCCACCUCUCCUCGCAUGGCAACCGCGUCCCUGCACCAACUGCCCCUGCAGUCGCGCCAGCUACGUCCUCUCAAGGGUCCUCUCUAUGUCCCUGCAGCUCUCCGACCCACCGAGCGACCCCAGAAAUCGUCUCCCAUUACCCCACCCCGCAGCGUGCAUGGCUCACUGGACAGCCUGAACGAUGACUCCGAACCUAUCAGCCGUCGCUCCACCAUGGAGAGUCAGUCGAGUGAAAUCAGUCAGAGCGCACAGCAUGAGUGGAUGAAGAAUGAACAACUGGGUGUUGUGACCGGUCUUCCGACCCGUACACACUGGAAAGCUGACUCGGCCUCUUCCAACUGCGAUUCUCCCACUUGCCGUUCCUCCUUCGGCAUCUUUCUGCGUCGCCACCACUGCCGUCACUGUGGCCACGUCUUCUGCGCCUCCCACACCCCUCACCUCGUUCCUCUUGACCAGGACGCUCGCUUCCACCCCGAUGGUGUCCCCUCCCGUGCCUGCGAUCUAUGCUGGAGCGCCCACCAGCGCUGGGAAGAGAGCCGUUCCAACCGUCUGAACAAGAUCCAGAAUACCAUCGAUGCUCAGCAGAUUGGCGUCUCCGUUCCCGAUUCCGAGGGUAUGAAUGCCGACCAGGCUUCCGAGUCCACCGUGGGCCAGACCGGCGAGGUCGCUGCCUCCGUUCCUCGUGACUGGAACUGGAGCACUUUCUAA